UUAGGACAUAAGGCUCCAACACUCUAAAUCAACCUCACUGCAGUUUACAGUGCCACAAUGGGUGCAGGGAGAAAAUUACUUUUGUUUUGUAACCAAUACGUGUUUUAUGCAAUUCUUUUUUUAUUUUCAGGGUAACAUAAGUCGUCAAGAAGCUGUCAGUAUGAUUCCUCCUGUUCUUUUGGAUGUUCAGCCACAUCACAAAAUCUUGGAUAUGUGUGCUGCUCCAGGAUCUAAAACAAAGCAACUUAUAGAAAUGUUACAUGCGGACAUGGAUGUUCCAUUUCCUGAGGGCUUUGUCAUUGCUAAUGAUGUGGACAACAAGCGUUGCUAUUUGUUAGUUCAUCAAGCUAAGAGGCUAAACAGUCCCUGUGUUAUGGUGGUGAACCAUGAUGCAUCAAGCAUUCCCCGGCUCCUAGUUGAAAAUAAUGGUGCUAAAGAAGUGCUGUACUAUGACCGGAUACUCUGUGAUGUGCCAUGCAGUGGAGAUGGCACAAUGAGGAAGAAUAUAGAUGUCUGGAGAAAAUGGACAACAUUAAACAGUUUGCAAUUGCAUGGGUUACAGAUUAGAAUUGCUACCCGUGGUGUUGAGCAGCUGGCAGAGGGGGGAAGGAUGGUGUAUUCAACAUGCUCUCUGAAUCCUAUUGAAGAUGAAGCUGUUAUAUCCUCCCUGCUGGAGAAAAGUGAAGGAUCCCUUGAACUUGCUGAUAUUUCUUCUGAGAUUCCUGGAUUGAAGUGGAUGCCUGGAAUCACCCACUGGAGGGUAAUGACCAAAGAAGGCCAGUGGUUUGACAAGUGGGAAGAUGUACCUACAAGUAGACAUACUCAAAUCCGUCCAACUAUGUUUCCUUGUGACGAAGAAAAAAUGAAAGGAAUGAAUCUACAUCGUUGCUUGAGAAUACUGCCACAUCACCAGAAUACUGGAGGUUUCUUUGUAGCAGUAUUGGUAAAGAAAGCUCCUAUGCCAUGGAACAGGAGACAACCCAAGCUGCUUCGGAGGCCCCCCACUGUUGCGGUCAAUGUGCCAGUUGUUAAUGAUGCUGUUGAAGAUGCGACAGAAACAACAGAUGAACCAGCUGUGGGAAGAGAUAAUGCAGAGAAUGAGGACGGAAGUGCCAAAUCUUCCAGCAAUCCUGAGACUGAUUCUACUAAUAAGGACAAUGUGUGCGGUCCUCCACCUUCUAAGAAAAUGAAGUUGUUUGGAUUUAAAGAAGACCCAUUUGUGUUUCUUUCUGAGGAUGAUCCAAUAUUUCCCUCAAUAGUGAAAUUUUAUGGCUUAAGUUCAUCAUUCCCAAAGACAAAUCUCUUAACUCGCACUCAGGAAGGGAAGAAGAAACAAUUGUAUGUGGUCUCAAAGCAGCUGAGGAACGUACUACUUAAUAAUAGUGAGAAGAUGAAGGUAAUAAAUACUGGUGUAAAAGUUCUCUGCCGGAAUAAUGAUGGACAACAAUAUAGCUGUGCUUAUAGAUUAGCUCAAGAGGGCAUCUAUACAUUGUAUCCGUUCAUCAGUUUGAGAAUUGUGACUGUAUGUGUAGAAGACAUUAAGGUACUUCUUACCCAGGAAAAUCCCUUCCUAAGUAAAUUUAGUAGUAAAACCCAAAAACAAACUAAAGAUUUAGAUAUGGGAAGCAUUGUUCUAAAAUUUGAGCCUGAUCCACAGAAACCUGAAACACUUCAGUGUCCUAUUGUUCUGGUAGGUUGGAGAGGUAAAACCUCCAUCCGUUCCUUUGUUCCAAAGAAUGAGAGAUUGCAUUACUUGAGAAUGAUGGGGGUGGAAAUUUUUAAGGAAAAAAAAGAAACCACCAGAAAUACUAAUACGGAGUCAGAAGCAACCCUUGACCGGACAGAAGUUGAGGAUAUGGAAUGCAUAACAGAAGGUGAAAGCCUGCCAAAGAACAAGGACUCAGAUGCAAAUGAUAUUACAGAUCAUGAGGAGGGUAGUGCCACAGAUGAAGAGAAUUUGGCAUCCCUGAAAAAGGUUUAA